GCAGUGCAGCUUGCUCGCCUGCGCUGUGAGCGCUCUACUACUUCUCCCGUAUCGAUCACUGCCCACCGCCUUCGCCAGUACAGCAUCCGCACACGCGUCCAGAGCAAGCGGCAGUGACUGUUCCAGCGCUAGUGCCGACGAAACAAAAGGCGCCAGAGCUAUGGACUGCUCUUGCGCUCUGUAGACGGGCAAUUGAAUAGUUGGGUGCAAACAGAAGAGACAAAGAGCUAAAUAGGGCACCAAGAUCCGGCCAGGCUUGAAAUUCCCCUAUACUCGUACUCUGACUCCAACGACAAGGUCGUAAAGAAACUUCGGUCCCGCUGCGGCGUCUAUACUCCAGGUCCAAAGUACGGUUAUUAUAUGCUGCAUAGUAUUUCCCCUCCACCAUAUUUCGUCGUUCCAAUCGGUAAACAAGCGCUUCGCGUUCAAUUGCUGUUUCAGGAGCUCCCUCUACCAUCUUUCCGGAGCCUGCUUAGGCUUUCUGCUUCUCUUCAGUGCUGAGAACCACGGAUUCAAACCAAAGAACGUAGUUUAUGCAUCGCAUGCAAUCCUAACAGUCGAUACUACGAGUCUAGCCUUGCAAGCACAGACAGUGUGGCACAUCUGCAACUACCUUCCUCGACUUCGCUGCCAGAUGACCACUCGGAUACGCAGACCACAGAUGUCGUGGAAGAGCUGGCCUCGGUAGCAUCAGACAUGGCUACAUUAAGCCCGAACAACGGAGACGCGCGGAGAGGGCUUGCCUCUCCAAGGCCCCCCAAGGGGAGAGAAAACGCGAAGAACACCUUAUGUCGAAAUAUCGGUAUAUAUGGUCAUUGCCGCUGGGAGAAGGAUGGUUGCGCCUUCAAUCAUGAUGUAAACAGCACACGGAAUAAUGACAACAGUAAACGUCUCAAUGUUGAGUCACCUGCCUUCCAACCAAAAGAGCUCGCUUCGAAUGGGCAGCAUGACCCGCGAAAUACUACUAUCUCGCCAAAAUCAGCAACUGCGACGCCAUUCACUCCAAAGACAAAUGCUGCAAGUCUGUUUCCCUUUUCACGUUCAAGUUACUCCCUCCAGGCAAUAGCGUCAUAUGGAAGCUUGCUAGCCCACAGAUGCAAAAUGAGUUACCAGCAUCAGACUCCCUUCUAAUCUGGGUAGAAAGAAUCUAACGUUUCGUAUUAGCUACGCAACCCGCAAACGUGCAAAGUGGACUACCACAAUCGAGCUGGUCUACGGGUCAGCCAUUUCACGAAUUCGUCCCGCAGACGGAGUAUUCCGGCCAGUUGAUAUCGUCCGCCGAUCCAAGCGUUGCCGCUGCUGCUGCCGCUAGUAUGCUAGGCUAUUCAGAUCCAUUUACCUUGGGAACUGGAGUGCAAGGCAUCACAAAUAACCAUGUUGCCGCUGCACUCAAUCCUUAUGCUCAAGAUGCAUCCUCGCUGUCGGGGACGGCGUUCUAUCAGAACACAAGCACAUUCGCCCAACCGGCCCAAUACCAUAACUAUGCGCCAUUAGGGCCUCACCGUGAAAAUCUACUAGCUUAUCAACGCACCGCGCACGACUUUUUCAUGCCUGAUAAGCUCAGGGAGGAGCUGCAAAAAAAGGCCGAAAGCACAUUGCAAAUUCUACCGAGCUCUACGCUUCCAAAUAUUGAUCAUUUUCAUUCGCUUGUUCCCCUCGAUACAAGCGGACAACGCAGUAGCACAACAUUCGGCUAUGUCACUUGGCUAUAUAAAGCCCAGUCAAGCAAAGAUGGCAAAUACUACGCAUUGCGGCGCCUGGAAGGCUUUCGCCUUACAAACGAGAAGGCAAUUCAUGCAGCGCGUCAAUGGAAGCAAGUUGAUAAUGGCUCUAUCGUCCACAUACACGAGGCGUUCACAACACGUGAGUUCGGUGACAGCUCGCUCAUUGUAGUCACCGACUACCACCCGAAUUCAAAAUCACUUGCCGAAACGCAUCUUCAGAGCCAUUCAGGUGGCAGAUACGGAAGCCGUCAGCAAUCUCCACAUGUACCAGAGAACGUCCUGUGGUCGUACAUUGUGCAGUUGGCAUCCGCAAUUAAAGCAUGCCAUUCAUUGCGACUUGCGGUACGGACGAUUGUUCCAAAUAAAAUAAUUGUCACUUCGAAGAAUCGCAUACGAUUGAAUGCGUGCGGCAUUCUCGAUAUAGUGCAAUUUGAUUCUCAGUUCCAAUUGGAACAACUCAAACAAGACGACUUCGUUCAGCUGGGUCGUCUAAUACUCAGUAUAGCAGGUAAUGCCAAUGCUGCACUCAACAUCGGCAAGGCUAUGGAGCAUUUAACGCGAACAUACACGCCGAAACUCAGAGAAUGUGUGACUUGGCUAAUAUCCUCGGAUACCGGUGUUGAAAAAAAUAUCGACGUGUUUUUACAGGGUAUUUCAGGGGAAAUGGCUCAGGCUCUGGAUAUGCAGUUCCACGAAACCGACACACUCACUCAAACGCUUAUGGCUGAACUCGAGAAUGGCCGGCUUGUUCGGCUAAUGGCGAAACUAGGAUUGAUCAACGAGCGUCCAGAGUACGAGCACAAUCCUCAGUGGAGUGAGACGGGCGAGAGAUAUUACCUCAAGCUCUUCAGAGACUACGUCUUCCACGCCGUGGAUGAACAAGGCCGACCAAUUACAGACCUCGGACAUAUCAUCAAUUGCUUGAACAAGCUUGACGCCGGAAGCGAGGAGAGGAUUCAGCUUUGUAGCAGAGAUGAGCAAAGUGUGUUUGUUGUCAGUUUCAAAGAAAUCAAGAAGGGUAUUGAGAACGCUUUCGGAGAACUUAGUAGAAGGAGAGCUUAAAGCUCGUCGAGGGGCAUCAACGCGGAAAUGACAUCUGGUUGGAUAUGAUUUUCAACGGGUAGGAUAUUCGAUUUAAUUCUGAUGAUCUUCGGGUAGACCAGACAGACACAGCCGCAGCUUUUUUCUUCCACUCUCCAACCUUAAACCCAAAGGCUUUGGGCGCAAUGAAAAGCCUUCUAGAGAUGAUUCACGGCAAGAACUUUCCGCAUGUUGUCGAGGCUGCCUCGAAUCCUAUGCUCCAGAAUUUGUCCUGUGAGCUUAGAGUUGACAUUUUUACUUCUUCGCGAUGCGAUACAUGUUUCAGGACAUCUCCCAGCACAGACGUUGAGACCUUUACUGUCUAUUUUUUUUUUUUUUUUU